AUGACGUGGGAUCCUCACGAUACACACCCACAGGCUGGGUACGACAUAAAAAGCCUCGACACACUCGACGAUGAUCCAAAAGAUGAAAAUAAGGAUGCCCAGAUGGUGACGAUCACUGCAUCCGUGAAGAUCUUACUGCGAUGCUGGGUCGUCCACCUCGUUCCUAUCACGAUCUCUGUCAUAAUAAUUUUCUUCAACCUCAAAGGAUCCUAUCUGGGUGCCGACUUGAUGAGCCCAAUCAAGUCAGAGACAGCCAACCUCAUGCUCCUUCAGGUGGCUUCAAAAGCUCACGAGGCCAUGAUUAUGAUCAGCAUCGGCCUGAUUUUGUUACGAUUAGUCCGAAACGAGGGCAUUACAGUUUUCGGUCCCACUUUCACCGACCUCUCGCUUUUCCUCAACAAGAAAUUCCAUGGCUCGGUGGACUAUAAAGGAGAAAAGAAUGGAUCUAGGAAAAUCAAAUUUGUUACAUCCUUGGUGGUGGCUGGUCUCACAGCUGUACUAGCUGGCCUUGCCAGCUCUGUGCUCCUCGCACCCAAGUCCCAGGAUUGGAAGAUUGGAGGCACUCAGUUUUAUCUGAAUGGAUCUGCAAGCAACUUCUGGCCAGCAGACUUGUCAGGCGACAUGUCAGAGCUUCGACCAUUCUGUGACGGAAGUGACUCGACACGUCUGGGAAUUUGCCCGGCGGGGGGAUUCCAGGCCCUUUGGGACCACUGGGGAAGCCAGAGUGCCAACAACUUCCGUGGGGAUACUCUUCGUCCAUAUUCAAAGCGCCUGUCUGGAUCCAAUUUCUACUGGCCAGUGUCCAGCCCCUCAUCUCAGAUCCCGCCCCUCUAUGCGCUAGGAAAUGCUAAAGAUGGCGACAACGGCGCAACUUCGCUUAUACAAACGCACGCAGCAAGUGCAGUCGUAUUGCAAAGACUAGCAACAGACUGGUGGCAGGCAUUGAAAGCACGGACAGGCCUGCCAUCCGACCAGGUUGAUGAUCGCGUUGCGUCUGCUGACUUCAAAAAUGCGAUCAGUGUUGUCAAGUGCGCAAGCCCGCAAGAACUGUCAGCAUCGGAUACAAUUGUUGAUUUCCCUUCGCUUGAUGGCCGAUUUGACUUCGCCAAUAACAUACCCUUAGUGCUACAGAGUCUCAACCAUACCGCUGCCAAUCACUUACGAUUCCAAUGGGUUCAUCUUCCAGCCAAGUAUGGUGCGGCAACCAUUGGAGGGGUUUUUGAGACCCCUUGGAAAUUCAAUAAUACCUCACGGGCAGUGAUCGCCUGCACAGUCCAAGCUGGGUGGGUCCCAGCAACUGUUUCAACUGACAAGUACACUUUCUGGUCUGGAUGGUAUCCGUGGAACAUUCAAUUUGGCGACCGGACACCACAGUGGUCCGCCACGGAACAUAGCUCUACCAAUGGUCGAAUCUCCUUUGGGGACGACUGGCUGGACCUUCUGACGCCCCCGACCAGCGUUCCCGACAAACCUUCCUGGCGGCCAUCCACUAUUGAGAGCAUAUUCUUGAAUGCUGGUUUAGACACUUCAUCUGAAAAUGUGGCUGCAGAUUGGCUUGGUUCGAAUUCCGGGAGCCAAGAUAAGCUCGCACUCAUUGAGGCUAUUGUUUGCAGCGUGGUUGUUGAUGGCCUCAGUCGUACUGGCAGCUACCGGGUAUUUAAUAUUUCGGGAUCGAGCUCCGCUUGGCCGCUAGCAAACUACAACCCACUUCCGAGCUUCGAGACAGAAGUGCUGCGAAACAAGCCUGCUUUGGAAGUCCCAGCCAUUGACUCAGAGACUCUCACGACGAUUGAGGCAAGAAUGAAGAUCAGUGGCUUCUCGUUCCAGCGAUCUCUACUAGUAUAUAUUUCCAUGGUGGUUCUUUUGGUUCACAUUUGCAUGGCCGCGAUCCACAUGUACCUUACAUUCAUGGUCGAAAGGCAGGGAUCUGUUAGCGGUUAUCCAUAG